CUUGGCCACACUUCCUAGAGCUCAGCGUAAAUAAACUGAUUAGUCGGUGGAGAUGGCAGGAGAGACUGAAGAUGAGAUCCCCGAAACUGGUGCUGUUUUUACUUUUGGAAAGAGUAAGUUUGCAGAUAAUGCAGCCAGCAAAUUCUGGUUAAAAAAUGACAUACCUUUGAAAAUAUCCUGUGGAGAUGAACAUACAGCGCUGGUAACAGAAAAUGGAAAGCUGUUUAUGUUUGGCAGCAAUAACUGGGGACAGCUGGGCCUUGGAACAAAGACCACUGUCAAUAAACCCACUUGUGUGAAAGAUCUUAAAUCAGAGAGGGUGAAGAUUGUGGCCUGUGGAAGAACUCACACGCUUGUUUACACCUCCCAUGGUAACCUGUACGCCUCUGGGGGGAAUAAUGAAGGACAGCUCGGCCUCGGUGACUGUGAAGACAGAACCUCCUUCCACCUGGUGGACUUCUUUAGCAAACAUGAACCAAUCAAAAUGCUCGCUGCUGGUUCCAAUAUAUCUGCUGCUCUCACACAUGACGGCAGGCUCUAUAUGUGGGGCGAUAACUCUGAGGGUCAGAUUGGACUGGGAAAGGAGAGCAAUGCGUUGACCCCUCGCGAGGUAGUGGGGAAACAAGUGUCCUGGGUUUCUUGUGGAUAUUAUCAUUCUGCUUUUGUCACCGUGGAUGGGGCCUUGUUUACAUUCGGAGAAAGGGACAGUGGGAAGCUGGGCUUGACUACAGAGAAGCUAGCCAAUCACAGAGUGCCUCAACAGGUGACGGGCAUCUCUGAUAGGGUGGUUCAGGUGGCAUGUGGAGGAGGUCACACGGUGGCAUUUACAGAGCACGAGUUGUAUUCGUUCGGACUGGGUCAGUUUGGCCAACUCGGUCACGGCACAUUCAUAUUUGAGUCGAGGUUACCAAGAGUGGUGGAGCAUUUUAGGAGGGGCAGAGUUAAACAUGUGGAGUGUGGAGAGAAUCACACAGCAGUUAUAACUGACAGUGACCUUCUUUACACAUUCGGUGAUGGACGCCAUGGAAAACUUGGACUUGGAGAAGAGAACUUUACCAACCAGUUUAUACCAACCCUGUGUCCAAGAUUCCUGAACUACUUCAUAAAGGCUGUUGCAUGUGGUGGAUGUCACAUGCUUGUGUUGGCCAGGCCCAGGGAUGAAGGCUCAGAAAAUGUGAUCCUGGAAGAGGACGAUGUCACAGAAGACUACUUUGAGAAGUCAAACACAGAGCUAAUGGUUGACACGCACAGUCAGACCACCCUAAAUAGGAGUCUGUCUGCUAGGGUUAGGCGCAGAGAACGGGAACGUUCACCAGAUCAGUUUGGACAGAUGUUCCGAACUCUUCCAAACCUAAAUGGCAAUCAGCUGAACACAUCUAUACCUGCACCCAGCCAAACCUGGCACGGAAAGAUCUCUCACAACGGCCUUCAGAUUCCUGGUAAGAGAGAGAGGUUACUCGAUAACAGUGCAGACGAUAAUGAAAGUGUGAAAGAUCUUGGAGAAACCACUGACUUGUUAAACCUGACUCAUGUAAUGAAGAUGGACCCCUGUGAUAACAGCCUCACGUUGUCUCCAAUGCAGAAGGAUUACUAUCACCAAACUCUCGAGAACCAGAAGGAUGAGACAAAUGAAACGAUAGAGGGAGAAGAUGAAGAAGAGGAAUAUUCUGAUGAGGAACAAGAUGAUGAGGAGGUGGAAGAGCACGAUGAAGAUCCAGAGCCUGAAGAAGUGGAAAAUUGGGACGAGAAGGAAAAGAAAGAACACAUUUCAGAUGAGAAAAGAAUCGAGAUGGGAAAGCAGGAGCAAACCAUUACAGAGACAGAUCUACAGAAAAAUGAGAUUAUAACAGAGGCAUCAGUCCCUGAUGGACAAAUAAAAGAUCAAACAAAUCCUGCUACCAUCUCAGGAGAGAAGACACAGACAGAGAAGAAUGGUGUUCAAGAAGACAAACCAAAAGCUCUUUUUGGCUCUAGAAACAGGCUUUCUCUUUUCAAGAGGAGAUCUUCCACCAAAGGCAAUCAGGCAUCGGAAAAAUCUGAAAGCCCAGCAGGGAGCACCUCAACAGGAAAACUGGCAGCUGAUGGCCCUCUUGAAAGCUCAAAGACUCGAGAGACAGUUAGCAGUGAACCUCAGACAGGAGCCCAGACCGCAGCGACUGACCGGUCACGAUCAGCUGCCUGCAUUUUACUUUGAGACCUUUUAUCUGCCUCAAUGUCCAGGACUUUGGAGGACUACGGGAGGUUGUAAAUGCUGUAUACGUGGUGAACAUUUUCUGGGAAAAAAAGAUGAAACUGGAAGAAAAACUGGAAUAAGGGCAAUUUCACAAAGCAACAUCAUAUCCUGAUAAUGUUGGUUUCAAUGACACUGUGCCUUGUGCUGCAAAGCAGACACCAGGAAAUAACUAGGGAGCCAUAUUGUUUUUCUUGGUACCACAUUGAAUAACAUUAUUUUCUUCAUAUAUGUACAGUUUGCGAAACUUUUCUAUGAAAACAAAUAUCAAAGUCUGAAAAGUGAUGUUUCAUCAAAAAAAUCAUCUAAAAAUCUGAUGUGUGUGUGCGUGUUAGCGUGUGUGUGUUUUAUACCUAUUUAUUUGAAUAUGAUUAAACACUCUAAAAGCACCUGUGCACUUUACAUAUUAAAAUUAUUUUGUUUUCAGG